AUGACGACUCCGUUCCCCCUCUUACGCCUCCCAAGGCUUGCCCUUAUUCCAGUUUUCACACAAAUGGAGUCAAUAGAUGUAAUCGCAUUCUCCCUUCUUUCCAAAAGAACUUACAAUCUCUCAAAACACCUCUGCAAAACAAUAUCUUCCCACUUUAUCAAUCUGGAAAUGGAUAAUUACUGUGUUUGUAUAAGCAUUCUUAUGGCCGAUGGGUCACACCUAGCAUUGUUUUUCUACCCAGAAAUCUCAAAUACAGUUGUAGUGGUUUAUCGUGACAACAACGUUCAAUGGAAAAACGUUGGAUUAUCUACAGGGCAAUGGAUUCAGCGAGUGUUCGAUGUAACAAAAUGUCGAUCUCUGAGAAGUGUGACACUCGAUGGGACACCAAACUGCGAUGUGUUAUCUUUUCUUAAUGCAGUCUCUUACCUUCAAAUCACCAACAACUGUACACAAACUUCUGCUAUAAAAGCACUGCAAGUUCUCUCGCCAGUCACUUCAUGGAUUACUUUGUUUAAACUUCCCUUUUCCAAUCGAGAGGAAUUCCAGAGAUUUUGGUUGGGAGAUGUGAAAUGUUUGAGAAUCCACGACAACGAUUUAUCAAGUUUUCAAUUUAAAAUUGAUGAUCUUCUAGAAUCGAACGCAGUCAAACUGCAAUUGCUCGGAGUCAAAAUGAGUCUGAGAGACCUUAACAGAUUCUUCUCAUGCUGGUUGGACAAUACAUCAAAUCAUCGGUUGAAGCAUCUAUCAGUGAAAUCACUUGGGCAUUUCGAUGAAGACGUUCUUCUGGAUGGACUAGGUGCUACUCGUUUCACAGAAAACCGGACUAGAGAAUUUCGAUCAACGAACUUGUUCCCUGAAUUCAGAGAAUUCACUGGAGGUUUUGAUGUGAGGAGAAUAGAUGGAAAAUUGGCAGCUAUUACAUUUGGAAAUGUUUUUGAGGAAAUAUUCAUAAAUUUCGAUGUUUGGCCAUGA